UUAGUAAAGAUGUAUAUAAAAAAAACGCGGCCUGCUUUUUUCAAGCUUCCCUGCUCGGUUUAUUGUUUCUAACCAUUAAUUUGCGUCCUCGAUAUAUAGUCGCUUAUAGGUGAAAUACCAUGAGGUUAAAAUGCGGGUGGUUGGCAUUUAAUAAGGGCGUUAUAAAGCCACUUUUAUUCGUAUGCGUCGUUCCUGACAGCUAGCAUCUGCGGCUUGCUGUUAGCAUACAGACAGGAGGAGGAGGGGUGCUCCGUGUCGGUGGAUUCUUGCAUGAAAUGGACGAACAUUUAAAUUAGGCAUUUCUCCGCUCGUCGACUGCGUAAUGUUUGGGGGAGACGCUCGCUAUCAACAGGGUUAUCUCCUCCGUCCUUUGCUGUAUUCUUAUGUGGCGCUAGCAGCGUAGCCCAAAAAACUAGCCUAAAGAAAGGGGAGGAGGCACCACAGAGAGGAGAGAGAAAAAAAGGGGGACGCGUUGGAAAUCAAAUGUUCGUCAGCGUUUCGCCCAUUGGCGGCCAAAUCCGCGACAUCUUCAUCAUGAGCGGGACCAGAUUUGGACUACCUUCAUGGAAAUGAUAAACGUGGAAAGAGGAAAAUGAGGAAGACGGUCUUUUUUCGAGGUGGUUGGAUUAUAGCCCCGUAGACCCCCCUCUUUUUUCAUCCAGCUUUCUCCUCCUCCCCUCCAUUUCUCUUUCAAUAUGCUGUUUUCCACUCCGGAGGACUUGCUUAUGAAACCGGGGAAAAUAGCCUGAAACGGAGCACGGGAAAGACUGGAUUUUUUCCCUCCCCCCCUUGCGACGUCGCUUUCGCACACGGUUGUCCUCCCCAUAUAGAUGGAUAGAAAUUACCCGGGAACAGGGUUUGGCGAUUUGGGCGCUGGAGCAGGAUGGAGUUACGAGAGAUCGGCCAAAGCAAGUCUUGUAUAUGGGAGUUCCAGAUCAUCCCACCCUGAGUCUGAGCUCCUCCAUCGCCAAGCCUACGCCACCCCACACCCUCUGCAGGGCUAUGCCACCAAUCACCACCCAGGGAGCUCCGGCCAAGGCGGGGCUUGGGGAGCAGCUGGACGGAGUUUGGGUCUUUCGGGGCUGUUUGACACUGGCCUGCACCAUGCCAGCCCCUCCGCCCCCGAUGCUUCAGUUAUGAAUCUGAUUUCGGCAUUGGAGUCUCGGGGUCCCCAAGCUCCCCCCUCCGCCUCCUCCUUACUCUCCCAGUUUCGCACACCAUCCUGGCAGACAGCGAUGCACACACCUGCUCCUCCAGAAUUAUUCAUUUCUGGAGCUCUUCCUGGCUCAGGCUCCUUCCCCUCCUCCUCUGCUCUCUCAGCCUAUCAGCACCCAGCAUCCUUUUCCAGCCGCUCCUUUCCCGGUGCCUCGCUUUCCCUUCAGGACACACCGACGUUUAGCCCAACAUCUAAUGGUCUUCUGUCCCCACAUGAUCCCUUACUACACAUCAAAGCUCCCUCCCAGUCUAGUCUUGGUUUUGACAGACUACUGUCAUCCCAGGGGGCUGCAGCAGCCGCCUAUAGGGGCAGUCAAGACCCUACAGGUGGCACAUCAGCCCAGGCAUCCUCUGCUAGACACCUGCAGUCCCAUCAGUUCAACCUUCUGUCAUCACAGCUCCAGGACCAGUCCUCCCAGCUGUAUAAUGCCUCAGUAUUCUCCUCAGCCCAGCCCCAAGCUCAGUCCCAGUCCCAGUCUAACUCAGCUCAGGAGCGGGCCGUGCCCAGACAGGAUAGUGUAAUCAAACACUACCAGAGGCCAACACCAACCCAGCCGCAGCUCUCGUCCUCCGCUGCCCACUCCCUCCAGCACUACCUCAGCUGUGGAGGGGCAGGGUACCAACAAAUAGCCACUCAUCACAGACAUGCUGGCCUUUCUUGCAGCCCCCUGGGUGACCAGAGCCCCUCAUCUGACCACAAAGCCUCGUCUCGUACAGAGCAAUAUCGGCCAAUCAUCCAGCCUCCAUAUUCUUCAUCUUCCUCUUCUUCUUCCUCCUCUGCUGGGAAAGGUACCAAAAGCAGCUCCAGUAGUGGCUACUCCUCUGCAAGUUCAGCGUCAUCCUCAAGAACUCCUCUCACACCUCCUUCUGCAUCUUCUACCUCUUCAUCAUCUUCAUCAUCUUCUGCCACUCCUGGGGCUCACCCUUCAAACUCAAUCCCCACCUCAAGCUCUAGUGCAGCCCCCUCAAGGCAGCAACCCCCCACUCAACCAGCGCCACCUCCCCCAGCCCCUCAGCAGCAACAGCCCCCUCCCACAUCCACUUCAACACCUCAAUCUCUUCCCAAAUCCUGCCUUUCUGGCUACGGUUCUCCUGUUCCCCCUGUAAAACCCCCCACAUCUGCUCUUACUGGUCAGACCCCACCUCAACAACAGACUCAGUCAUAUUCUCCAAAUCAGCCCCCGACUUCUCACCUAGCUCAGUCCUAUGGCGGCUUCAGUUCUCCACAAGCCCAAGACCUGAGCUCAGGUACUGGUGGAAAAGGCUAUGGAAGUUUAGGAGGGCGAAGUCAGUCAUACCCCACUGAUAUAUACGGAACAGAUUCCGCUUAUGGAUCACUUCCCUCUUCUCUGGGUGGAGCUGGAAGCCCGUCACUGGGUUAUGGCGCUCCAGGCCAUUCUCCUGCGCUUUUAAGAUCAAGUGGUUCAUCAGGCAGUGGAGCAUCUGGGGGAGGAAGCAGCAGUGGUACAGCAAGUGGAAACUCUGGGUCAGGAGGAGCCGCAGGAAAUGGUAUGUCAAGUGAGAGAGGUGCAGGAGGUAGUGGAGGAGGGUCUUAUCAUAUUCCAGAUUCUAGUCCAUCCCCAUCUGGAAACUCUGGCAUUAUCCGCCCAGGGCUGCACUCCCCCGUGCCGGCAUGUCCCACGCAGUCUCCUGGAGGUGCUGGUUCUAAUAAAUACAUCUCCUCAGUUCUGUCUCCGCCUUUCCUAAGCUCCCCACAAGGCUACCCUGACACAAGAGGUCCCAGCUCCCAAUCUCAGUCUUAUCACGCCACCUCCUCUAAAACAAAGGGCGAUACCUCAAUGCUCGGUGUUGGUUCUCAGAGAUCCCAAGAAGAAGUAGAUGAUGAUGAUGAGUUCUUGAUUCAGCACUUGCUGCAGGCACAGGCGAGUCCUGCUCCCCAGGCCACUCACCACCAUCCCCAACAGCAGCCCCAACAAACAUCCCAGCAAACACAACCACAGCCUCAGUCGGCGCCACCAACAUCUGAUGCUGGCAAAGGGCUGAGCUAUGAUAUGGGAAAGUCCUCAGAAGAAAGGUAUCAUCCCCAGAGUGUCAUACGCACCCACAGUGCCACAUCCUCUUCUGGGGUAGGUAAUGCAACCUCUGGAGGGUCCAUCUCUGGGCUAGACAGUCAGCUGGAGAUGUCUUUGAAGAAACAGCAGCAACAUCAACAGCAACAACAGCAGCAGCAGCAGCAGCAGCAGCAGCAUCACCACCAACAACAGCAAAGAAAUGAGAGGCCUGUUGGGAGUAGCAGAAACAAUGGUGGACGAGGCAGUGCUGAACAAGUGCACUCGCACCUACUUCACCAUGACAACUUGGGCUCUGUAGUCCACUAUGGGCGAGGGGACCCAUACACACAACAUUCCCUCGCUCCCCAGCACUCUUCCCAUAAUCAGCAUGUGUCCUCGCAUUCGCAAAUGCCACCCCACAAUCAGAUGGAGUUACAGAAAAAGGAGCGUGCUGAAAUCCCUUAUCCACGGAAAACGCCAGAGGUCCAGCCUCAGCAUUCUCAACCUCAAAGCACUGCGUCUCUUAUGGACUCCCCCACAGAUCAGUCCCAUCAGCCCCCACACCUCCUCCAGUCUGUCUUGUCCCACACAACACGCAACAAAUUGGAACCACAUUCACAGCACCACAAGAUGGACACACAUCAACAGCAUCAACAGCAACAUCACAAAAUGGACACUCACCGGCCACAUCAACAGCACCAUAAAAUGGACUCCCAUCAAUCACACCAACACCCUAAAAUGGACCACCCGCAACAUCAGCAGCACCACAAGAUGGACUCGCAUCCGCAGCAUCACAAGAUCGACUCUCACCCCCAACAGCAGCAGCACUCCAUUGGCCAACAGCAAGCUGUGAUGGAAAGUGCAAAUGGACGACUUGGUUCGACGAAGCAUCCGGCUCAGGCCCAGUCCCAAACAACCCAGCUCCAGCUGCAACUCCAGUCGCAGGCUUUAGAGGUAGCAGCGGCUCAUUACAACCAUGGACCGUCGUCACAUCAACACGAGCAGAGCCAGGUCAAACAAAGCUCAGUUGUUUCAUCUUUGGACAUGCUGGAGCGCUCUCUUUCGCAGACCUCCAGCUCAGAUGUAGCAAUUUCAGAGGAUAGACGCAGUGGACGAAGCGGAGGAAGCAGUGAGCGCCACAGACAACAACAGCAGGAGCAGCAGCAAAGGCAGCACCCGUCUCACCAUCACCCGCAGCCCCACUCAGCCCCUGAACUCCAUUCAUUCCUCUCUGAGCCUGAAAUCGCCAUGCCCACGUCAUCUCACAUGCACCACCUUUCACAGCACCAUCCACAACAGCAACAGCAGCAUGCUAGCUCUCAACACCAGCAAGCCCAUUCUCACCAUGCUCACUCACAGCCACAGACCCCACACCCUCACCAUAUAACCUCUCAGUCUGCACCGACCCAUCCCCAACCUCAGCCUGAUACGCAGCAGCCACUGCCGUCUCAACUCACCCCCCAGCAGAGCCAAUUAGACCAACAACGCUCAGAUCAGCACCAGUUUGACACUGUUAGCCCAGUGGAGAAAGCAGACCAAACCCAACAAAGUAACCGCUUUGUUCCACUAACUUCUAUCUGCUUUCCUGACUCCCUUCUCCAAGACGAAGACCGCUCAUUUUUUCCAGGCAUGGAAGACAUGUUCUGUGCAGAGGAUUACAAAUCAAGUUGUGCUGGUGGUGCAGGACCAGUGCAGGAGGAGAUGAAUGAAAGCCAUACUGGGCAGGAGGGUAUGGGCACAAUGAAAGCUGGACAGAGUGGUGGUGGACCAGGCGGAGGUAGUGGAGCUGGCUAUGAUAUGAUGGGUCAUCAUGGAGAUCAGGGUUAUGAGCCAUACUGUCAUAGCCUGGAAGAACCGAGCAACAACACUAUGACUUUGGAUCUUGACUCCCUGAAAACCCAUGAGCUGCCCUCCACUGUUAACACUGAACAGCUCGGUUUAAUUCAGUCCCAGGGCCCAGCUAUGGGUAUGGGCUCUAAUAAUGCUGGACCUAAUAACCCUGCUGCGAAGCUGCCCUCCGGUCCUGGAGGGGCAAGCACAGGAGCAGCUUCUGGUGGUCUCCAAUCUCCGAUUUUCUGCUCAUCUCGUCCGAAAAAGCUCCUCAAGUCUAGUUCUUUUCACCUCCUAAAGGAGCGCAGAGACCCCAACACACUGCCUAAGAAAAGCUAUGCCCAAGAGUACGAGUUUGAAGAUGAUGAGGACAAAGCUGACCAGCCUGCUGACAUCAGAUUGAACAGCCGGAGACUUCCAGACCUCUUGCCAGAUUUGGUGUCCAGCUGCAGGAAAGGAGGAGGAGGAAGUGGAUCUCUCAGCCCUUUAAUGGGUGAGCUUGACUUCUACCAUGCCUCUAGCUACCAACCGAUAGGUCCACACACUCUUAUGCCUCAAGAUGGCCCUAAGAAGAGAGGCCGAAAGCCUACUAGACCUAAGAGGGAGGGCCCCCCACGGCCCAGAGGCAGGCCUCGCAUCCGCCCAAUGCCUGAGCCCUACACACCACGAGGAAUGAUGGGUGAGAUGGGCGGAACAGUUGGCGGUGGAGCAGGGGGAUUCAAUGUGGAGGGACGAGGCAGGGGUCGUGGCCGUGGGAGCAGAGGAAGAGGAGGUCGGAGAGAGGAUAUGUACAUGGAAAUGAGCGGGAAGGAGCAGGACCAGAUGCAUCAUCACCACCAACACCACCAUCAGCAACAGCCGCUCCAUCAUCAACCCCAACAGCAUGAACCGAUCCCACCACUGAAGAUCAAGUUGCCAAUUCCCAUGUCCUCCUCUGAUGCCUUGCUGAGGACAGACUCUCUGUCUGGUACAGACCCUGCUUUGUCUGAUGGCUCAGUAGGCUCAGCCCCUUCAAUCGGGCUGAGUCCUGGCCCUUGCAGCACUGAAAGCACCAGGGCGCAGGAUAAAAAUAAGCAGAAAAACCAGAUGAUGAAUGAAGGAAUCGAUGAGGACGGUCUGCAGGAAAGGGGUGACGAGAAGGACUCAGAGUCCAAGGCUGGUUUGGUAGCUUCUUUCUUGGAUUUCCUUAAGACAGGAAAGAGACCCCCAGGGUUGGAUAUUUCCCCAGGAAUGGAAGCUGACAAUGGUGAAACCUCCCCCUGUAAAUCAGGCUUGCGCCCCCUAUCUCCAGCACCUCCUCCACCCCCACCACCACCUCCUUUUGGGGAUGGUGAAGGUAAUGGUGGUCUCGCCCUGGGCAGCUGCCCCAGCCCUAAGCGCUUGGAGGACGAGUUGAAGAGGAACCUGGAAACCCUGCCUUCAUUCUCCUCAGAUGAGGAGGACUCAGUCGGAAAAAACCAAGAUCUCCAGAAAAGCAUCUCUUCAGCAAUUUCUGCCCUGUAUGACACUCCUCAGCUAACUGCGAACAUCCAUCAUUCAAUAGCUCCUCCGCCUCCACAGCCACAGCAGUCUCACUCCCCUCUGACACCCUCAUUGCAGCCCCCAACCCUUAGCCCUCAGACUAACAUUCAUACACCCCACGCACAACCACAGCCGAAUGAACCCUGUGUCCUCCAGCCAGAGGAUGAAAACACAGACGAAAACAAGGAUGAAGACAAUGACGACGAGAGGAGUACCAAAGGGGAUGAAGAGAGCGAUAUGAUGGAGGAGAGAGAACAGCAGCUGGAGACGCUAGGUGCCCCUGAGCUUGAAGCGUCCAUGCCGGAGAUUCCUCCUCCUGCAGCAGCAAUUCCCCACCCUCCUUCAGUACCCCCCUCUCCUGCCUCUUCAGCCUCAUCAUCUCCAGCUCCCUCCCCUCUUCCUCCUCUCUCCUUGCCCUCACCUCCCCCCACGGCAGAGGAACAACGGAACGACUUGAAACCUUCGAGUCCCACGGCUGCCAAAUCUCAGACACCGCCACCUCCCCUGACCGCUACUUUUCCUCUGCCAGACACUUCUCCUCCUCCCCGCUCUUCUCCUCCUCCCACUUCUUUGGCUCAACAUCCUCCCGCUCAACCGUCUCCUCAAAAGGAGUCCCCGACACCAUCCCCCGAGUCCGCUGCCUCCCCCGAAGAAGAGCGCCCACCUCCAAAGAAUACCAACUUGCACCUGGCUCAGAAGCAGGAAGACGCGGCCAUCGCGGGAGAGAGCGAAGAGGAUGACAGCGAGAGUGGUGGGGAGGGGAUCUUCAGGGAGAGGGAUGAAUUUGUUGUGCGGGUGGAAGACAUUCGAACACUUAAGUUGGCCUUGCAGACGGGUCGUGAGCCUCCACCCAUCUGGAGGGUGCAGAAAGCCCUGCUGCAGAAGUUCAGCCCAGAGAUCAAAGAUGGGCAGAGGCAGUUCUGUGCCACAAGCAAUUAUCUCGGCUACUUUGGAGAUGCCAAAAGACGUUACCAACGCAUCUAUGUCAAGUUUUUGGAGAACGUUAACAAAAAGGACUACGUCAGAGUCUGCUCUAGGAGACCGUGGCGCAGGGCAACACCUGCCCUCAGGCGCCAAUCCUUUCCUAGAAUGGCUUCCCCACCAGCAAGCCAAGCUCCACCAAAAGAAGAGAGACUGACUCCACCCAGCCAGCGGGAGAAGGAGACGAAGGAAAAAUCGAGAAUGACCCCAACGCCGGCAAAAGAACAACGGGAGAAAAAGGAGGCUCCAGCUGCGGUAGCCAAGGCCAAAGAGAAAGAGAAAGAGGUUGAAAAAGAGAAGCAGCGAAUGCAACCGCCUCAGGACAAAGCAGAGAAACGUACUACAGAACGUGGGAAGACCAAGGACGAGAGGAAAGCACCAGAGAAGAAGGAGAAACCAGAGCGCCCACCUAAGUCAAAACCUGCCAAGGUGAAGGCGGAGCCGCCCCCCAAAAAGAGGAAGAAGUGGCUAAAGGAAGCUCCUUCCUCUUCCGACUCGGAUUCAUCGGAUGAAGCAGCCAGUGAGAAUGAAAUGCCCGUGAAGGGUGGCGUAAACAACCGAGCGAUGAGGGAAAUGUUCCGCAGCUACGUGGAAAUGCUCGUCAGCACAGCUCUGGACCCUGACAUGAUCCAAGCCUUAGAGGACACGGACGAUGAGCUUUACCUGCCCCCCAUGAGGAAGAUCGACAGCAUCCUGAGCGAACAGAAGCGGAGGUUGUUAAGGAGAGUCAGCAUGAGCACUCAGCAUCAGGAGGUUGUGCAUGCAUACCCCCAGAUCAUCGUGGACCCCUUGGACUCAGGAGUGGUGAGGGUACGGCUCAGCGGCGACGCCUACAACCGUAAAACCCUUAACCGAGUCAAGAAAAUCCUGCCUAAACCACAGGACCUUAAACUGUCAUCUGAUUCAUACCGAAUCUACAGUCUUUACCACUCUCUACAUCAUUAUAAAUACCACACCUUCUUACAGUGCAAGAAAGAGACCAACACGAUCGAGCAGGCGGCCGAGGACCCAGGCCAGGAAGAGGUAGUGCAGCAGUGUAUGGCCAACCAGAGCUGGCUGGACACGCUCUUCGGCUCCUUCAUCGAGCUGCUCACGCUCAGCACCAAAGCCUGAGAGGGAUGAGAUUAAUUAAAGUCGGGGGAUAUGAAAAAGAAAAAGUAAUGAACAUGAUGGAUCCUACUGUACAGACCCCUAUGCCCCCAACCCAUCAAUUUUCCUCAAAUCUCAAAGAUCUGAGGACGUAUUUUCAAAGCCCUUGAUGAACUUGAGGCGGGUUGGCAGAACCGUAGCCUCGUUUUUUUCUUCUUCUUGAACAAUGACUUAAGAAAAGUGUUUCGUUUUGAGGCGGGGACCCCGCUGGAUUAGAGGUCACUUGGGGUCAAGAGGAACUUGACCACCCACGCAAAGGAGACAAGAGGUCUGAAAACGACGAGCAACGCCAAGUCCACAGAGGAGCCACUAACAUCUCGUUAACUGCGCGUCAUUAAGACAAUAGCUUGAAGAGAAACUAUUACUGCUUAGUUUUUACAUAAAUUAUUUUUUUGAAAAGACUAACAUGAAGUGUUGGCUUUGGGAAAGACUGAAAGAGGGCGAGAAUGCUUUUUACACUGCGUGUGGAGUGUGCCGUGAGCAGCGUAAAAAUGGACUUGUACCAUUAGAUGUGUUAAGAAAUGCUCUUUCUGUCUCUCUCUCUCAUUCUGUGCUAUGUGAAGGGCAGCACAACUCAGCAGUGUGAUAAUAUAUAAACACAUUUUUAUUAUUUAUAUGAGGAGGUUUUUAACUUAACAAGCGCUGGAUUGCUGCCCUAACAUUUUAAAUACUUUUUACUGUCCACAUGUUCGGUAUACAAUCGUGACCCACAUAUCCAAGCUGUCUUCCCCUCUACAAGCAAGAACAGACAUUUAAGACCGGCAUAAUGUAUCAAAUACAGUGGGUGUAAAAUAGUUUUAAAAAGGAAAGCGCAGAGUGGGAGGAGUGUAUUUGAAUAUUUACAUUGUUGUGCUUCAGUUCAAUCAUCAUUAAUGCAGAUGAAAAAAAAAAAAAAAUGAAAAAAAAACAGAAGUCAACUGUCCAGUUCCGGUGUGGGAAGAAGGAGUAUAAAUAGGUAAUAUUUAAAGAGGAAAUAGUCAUGUCAUUUUUAUCAUUUUGAUGUAUGUGCAUACUUAUUUUGAAAACAAUCUAAUUUUCCAUAAAAGAGGAAAAGGGUGUGUAAAUAUUGUACAGUUCUUGAUGAUAUUCUUUGUCAUUCUGUACAUUAACUCUCCUGUAUUUGAGAAACAAAUAAAACCU